AUGAAUCAACUGAUUACCAUUCACAUUGGAGGAGCAGGAUCUAACAUUGGAUCAAAACUAUGGUAUAAUUUAUCGUAACAUCGUUAAGAAGAUCUCUCCUCAAUUUUUUAAGAAAAUUCUCACUAAUCCUAUAAACCUCGAUCUAUUUUUGUGAAUACCAUAGACGAUUAAGUCCCAAAAUAUGAUGAACCUCAAUUCUCUCCUAAUCAGUUCUUUUAUACCAAAGAAGAUACUGGAAAUAUAUAUACUGUGGGUCAUUAUUGUGUAGCAAAAGAUUUAAUUCCAAAAAUAUAGGACGAAAUUAGAAGAUAAGUAGAAAAUUGCGAUCAUUUUUCUGGAUUUCUAUUUACUCAUUCCAUAAGUGGAGGCUUUGGCUCUGGAUAUACUACUCUUCUUUCAAGUUUAUUAAAGAAUGAAUACUAAAAGUCCAUGAGCUUCAGUUUUUGUUUGAUGCCAUCUCCAAAUUAUAGAAACAACGUUAUUGAAUCUUAUAAUUCCAUAAUGAGUUUGAAUUCUAUGGUUGAAGCAUUUGAUGGUGUAAUAUUAUUACAAAAUGAAGCUAUCUAUUAGAUUAUUGAAAACCAAUUAGAUAUUGAGUUUCCUUCAUAUAAUGAAGUUAAUUAGGUUAUUACUCAGCCAAUAAUUUCUUUAUUAAAAUUCAAUUAACAGUAGUCAUUGCAAAUGCUUAAAUUGAAUUUAUGGAAUAAAAAUAAAUUAAAUAUUUGGUCAUGUUCCUUUGGACCACUAAUCAAUUAUGAUUAAAAGCACUUCUCUAAAAAAAUCACUUCAAACUCUCUAAAAGAUAUUAUAUCUCAAAAUUCAUACAUUUGUAAUAAAAGUAAGCCAAACUAUAAGUAAGCUUUUCUGUAUGCAGAAUAAAUAAAUUAGACUUUAUUGUCGAAAACUUUAUCUGAACUAGUAGAAAAUAAAUAGUACUCAAUUUAUUAGUAAGGAUAAGAAGGAUAGAUAAAAUAAUUUAAAGAACCGUUUUAGUAGAUCAAUAGUUAGAAAGAGAAUUUGGUCUUUAUACAUAAAAGCACAGGAAUAGCAGAACAACUAAAUUAAUUACAUAAGAAUGCUUAAAUUCUCUAUUAGAAAAGGGCGUUCAUGCAUUGGUAUGUUGGGAUAGGAAUAGAAGAUCAAAGUAUUAGAUGGGAGUUUUCUUCGUUUGAAGAAAUGUAAAAUAACUAUGCAAUUGAUGUUAGUAAUAAUGAAUGA